AUGUCUACACCGCAAAUACUCAGAGUAGGCGUGGUAGGGGCAGGAGAGGUGACGCAAGUAGUCCAUCUUCCCACGCUCAAGUUCCUGUCGGAUCGUUACGCCGUCACAGCCAUCUGCGAUGUGUCUCGCGAGGCUGCCGAGCAUGUAGCCGCCAAAUGGAAUGUGCCCCACGUUUAUACUUCUUGCGCCGAGAUGGUUGGACGAGAGGACAUCGAUCUUGUCCUCAUUGCCAACAGUGACGAGUAUCAUGCUUCUUGCGCGAUCGAGGCAGCGCAGGCAGGCAAAGACGUCUUUAUCGAGAAACCUAUGGCGCUCACCCGCACCGACGCACAGGCAAUUCAACGGGCUGCACACGACAACCAACGCAAGAUCUUUGUUGGCUACAUGCGACGCUACGCACCUGCCUUCCGAGUGUUUCAAGAGCUUCUCGCCGAGUCUGGACCCAUCCGCCACGCCAUCGUCAAGGAUAUCAUCGGUCCUAAUUCGUUUUUCGUCUCACAGUCCAGCACUGAUCCGCGGAAGUUUGGCGCCGACAUCCCGGAAAGCGCCAGCAAAGACAAGGCUGCACGCGCUACCGCCAUCUUGCAAGAGGCGAUAGGCUCGGAAAAGGCAGCCGACGCUCGACUCGCAUUUGUGUAUCGCUUGCUAGGCUCGCUAGGAAGUCACGACCUUAGCUUUAUGCGCGAAGCCCUCGGUGGCAAGCCAGAUCGGUGCCUCUCGGCAUUCGCCAGCCACGACGGCUUGUUCAUCUCGGCUUCGUUCGAGUACACCAACCAAGGCGGCGCCAACAAGGGCAGUGAAAAGUACAACGUACUGUACACGACGGGUAUUCACAACGUGGGCAUCUUCGAGUCGUUCUUGGAGGUGUUUACCGACGACCGCGUAUUGAGGAUCGACAUCGAUACGCCGUACGUGAAAGGGUUGCCUAUCAACGUGACGGUCAAAGAGAAUAACCAGCAUGGACACUACUCGGAACGCAUAAUCAGAACGACGUAUCAGGAUGCCUAUACCACCGAGUUCUUGGAUCUGCAUCAAGCGCUGACCACGGGAACGGAUCUCAAGACGACGCCAGAAGACGCGAUGGAGGACCUGGACGUGUUUGAUAUGAUCAUGGCCCAUCUGAGGCCCUAG